AUGAGCAGAAGGCAGUCAGCCGCUCAGACUGCUGCUGCCGCGGCUGCUAGUGUGCGUUUUACCGGCUCCAUCGAAGUUACCGCGUUCCUGCCGUCUCUCUCAGGACGCAUGACGCAGACGUGUUUUACCAUCAUGAGCUCUCAGGUGGGAACCUCUGGCAUAAGUGGCUCGAGCAGAGUUGGAGGUGGUGGAAAUGGGGAUGCUGGUGGAGAAACCAGCAACGGCGAGGGUCCGACUCUGAGCUCAAAAGCGGUGAGACCCAGGCUGAAGAGCACCGAUCCAGCCGGAGAGGGAAGGUCAAGUACCACGAAGCCCCUGGUGAGACCGGCCCUGCCUGGGAGAGAAGUAUUUAGAAAGACUUUGGCUGAAGAUGGAGGGUGGAGGGAAGGAAACCAAGACAGGGAUCAGGAGAGACCAAGGCCUGAACACUUGGAAAACAGAGAAAGGCGGAGAGAGAUUAGAAUCACUGAGACACGUGGAGAUGGAUCACACGAUGGAUACGGAAGAGGAAACGCUGGCAACUCACUUCUCAUGGAUUCGGACAUUCAAUUAAGCAACAGUUUGGGAGACGGAGAAGGAUUGAACAACCUGCAGAGAAGACAUGCUCAUCCCAGACUUCAGUUCCCUGGAUUUAUCCAAACCAUCACUUCCAAUUCAAACUCCCAGUCUCCUCGGCCUGCCAUUCAGAGCAGAUCCAGACCCGUGUCACCACAGAGACUUUCAUCCCGGGCAGCAGCAGAUGAUCUGCACGGCCAGUCAACCAAUUCCUCCAGAGAAGCAGAUCCAUUCUUCAUGGAGGUGAGAACUGGGGCAGCGUUUGGACAAUUGCCGCAAAGCCAGUAUCAGAAUCAAACAUACCGCAUCCCCCCUCUCACUCCCUCAGAGCCGGAGGCAGAGGAAGAUGAGGAAGAAGAGCAUGAAGAAGGGGACCAAGAAGGCAGCGGGGUGAUGGAGGUCAUGAGUCAAGCCAUAGCCUUAGCAGUGGUGCCACCCUGUAUUCCAUUCGGGGAGAGGAGGAUGAGUAAACGAGAGAAAAACAGGAUUAAAAGCCUGAGAAGGAGGCAGAGGAGAAGGGAGAAAUGGAGACAAAGUCAUCAUCAAGAGAGCAGACAGAGCGCAGCAGGGAACGCAGCCACCACCAGCAGCAGCAGCAGCAGUGAGGAUGACGAAGCUCUGAGCACUGGGGACAGAGAGGGCUUCAUCUGCGCCGUUUGCUUGGACGUGUACUUCAGCCCCUACAUGUGCCAUCCCUGCAACCAUAUUUUCUGUGAACCCUGUCUGAGGACGCUCGCAAAGAGCAACCCCACCAACACCCCCUGCCCGCUCUGCAGAACAAUCAUUACACACGUAUUCUUCCAAAAAGAGCUCAACCAAACUGCAAGAACAUUCUUCCCAAAGGAAUACCUCUCCCGGAAACAAAGCUUUCAGAAGGCAAGCUGCGCAAAAUGGCCUCUGCCAAGCUGCAGAAAGCUCUUUCGCAUAUUUGGAGGCUUCCAGAGGCAGUCCAGUCCCAUAGCCAGACGGCAGUUUCCUCACGGGGGAGGCUACCGCCUUGAUGCUAUGGAUUUUGAGGAUGAUUCUCGUGGCUGGCGAUUCGACAUGGACAUGGUCAUUAUCUACAUCUACUCGGUCAACUGGAUCAUUGGCUUUUUCGUUUUCUGCUUUCUUUGCUAUGUCUUCUUCCCCUCAUUUUGA